CAUCUCAGUCACAUUAUUCUUUCUAUUAAAACAAGUUAAUAUUACAAUUUCUUCUCAUUGAUUGAAAAUGAAACAUAUAACAUGGCUGAUACUUAACCUAGUAAUAGUGAUGUUCUUGUUCUUGUUCCAGGCCAUGGUCACAUGCAAUGCACGUGACCUGGAGAGUGCCCAGGAGCUUAGGAUCCUUGCAACCAAGUAUAAUGUCACUUCCAUUAUCGUGUUUGGUGAUUCAAGUGUCGAUCCUGGUAACAACAACAAUCUUCCAAACACAUGGCAUAAAGGCAACUUUUUGCCUUAUGGGGCAGAUUUCGGUAAUUCCAAACCGACUGGAAGGUUCACUAAUGGCAGACUUUCCACUGAUUUCAUCGCUGCGGCUUUAGGAUACAGAAAAAUUAUUAAAGCGUAUUUGGAUCGAAAUCUGAUGGAAGAAGACUUGUUGCAUGGCGUUAGCUUUGCAUCUGGUGGUUCUGGUUAUGAUGAUUUUACUGCAAAUGUCACUAAUGUUAUAUCUCUUCGAAAGCAAUUGGAUUACUUUAAGGAGUAUAAACUUCGUUUAAGAAUGCUUGUUGGAGAAGAAGGUUCUCAUAGAAUUGUUUCGAAUGCUGUGUUCAUCCUGAGCAUGGGUACAAAUGACUUUUUGCAAAAUUACUACAUUGAUCCUACUCGAUCCAAGACGUUUACCAUUGUUCAAUACCAACAUUUCUUGAUCAAUUGCAUGGAAAAAUACAUAAAGGAAAUGCAGUCACUAGGAGUAAGGCGAUUGGCAUUAGUUGGGAUGGAGCCAUUCGGAUGCAUGCCUAUGAUAAAGACAUUAAAGAACAGCGACAAAUGUGAUGAAGAAAUGAAUCGGGUGGCUUUCACUUUCAACUCUUUGUUGAUGGAAAAGUUAUCGACGCUCAAAACAACAUUACUGAUGCAAACUGCCUUUGUUAACAUUUAUGGUGUCAUUCAGAACAUUAUACAGAACCCAACAAAAUAUGGAUUUUCAGAAGUUAAAAAGGGAUGUUGUGGAUCUGGAUUAACAGAAUUUGGAACUAGCUUAAAGGGGUUGGGUACAUGUAUGGAUCACUCAACAUACAUUUAUUGGGAUGCCGUUCAUUUUACAGAGAAAAUGUAUUAUGUUAUCGCGGAUGAGGUUGUGAAAUCUAUGAGUUCAAGCUUUUAGCUCAACAUUUGCUCAUAUUUCGCUUGUGAAUCUCCAAUGGUGUAUCAAUAAACAUGUUACAAAAAGUUCAUGGUGUAUGCAAGGUUAAUUUCCAUGGUCUUAAAUAGGUUGCUUUCAAUUCAACCUCACUAAGAGUCGUCAAAGUUUCUUUAUUUUCUCAUUUGUGUGUUCAUUGUUGAAAAUGUUCUUUAGUAUCUUAACAUGGACAAGCUAUGUAUUGUAUGGUGCCUAGCUUUGUUUAUGAAUAAAUAUAUAUACUUUAGGUUUGAUUUCA